UUCUAAGCAACGUGGGGCUGCAGCGGAGCUUGCCAGGCUGCUGCUGGCUUCCCGCAUCCCGCCGGGCGAGCGGCUCCGGAGCAUUCUGCAGCCGCGGCUCCGCGCGCCGGCCUGGCCCGUUGCUCGCUCCCGGCGGACACCCCCGCCACCGCGCCCGCGGAGCCGCUCGGGCCCGCCGCGCCAGCCCCGGGGCCCGCCUGGCGCAGAACCGGAGUCUUCUCUGCAUUACUAUCGGCAUUACCUUCAAGUUCACUUUUUCCACCCCUCCCGGAGCCGGCCUCCCCCUCCCCGCUGGAAUCUGGCGGCUCCGGUCGCAUCCUCCUCGUCGCCCGUGGCACUGAGAGCUGGCCGCGAGGCGCCACGACCGCGCGCGGCCCGGGGUGGAGGGGCUCGGCGGCGGGGGAGGGCGCGGGCACAUCCGGCGCGGGGGUGCCCAAGUUGCGGCGGAGCUGGGACCCGCCACCGCGGCCCCCGCGCGGCCAGGGCCACCGUCUGAGCGCCAGCCUCGCCCCCUGUCCGAGAGCAGCCAAGGCUGGAUACAUUUUUUAAAAGCCCAACUGCAAACAACUCUGGCGAUGCCAAAAUUUCCCUCCGAGUGACAGGGCUUGGGAGGAGGCUGCCUCCGGCUGUGCUAGCUCUCGGGUCGCCUGUGCCUCCUUGGCGACUAAGAAAGACUGUGUGCACUGGCGAGAUUGGAAAUUAGUGGGAAAGCUGCACUCAACUCUAUCGUGACCUCAAACUCUGUGGACCGGUUUAAAGAAUAUCUACAUAUUGGAAGCAAAGUCGUGGUCAAGGAAGAUCUGCAUCGGAGGAUGGAAGUUUUCCCCUUGCUCUUAUUUCUGUCCCUCUGGUGGUCUCGAACCUGGGACCUGGCGACCGCUGAUUCCAUCAUCCAUAUCGGAGCAAUUUUUGAUGAAUCUGCUACAAAAGAUGACGAGGUAUUCCGCACAGCAGUUGCUGACCUCAAUCAGAAUGAGGAAAUCCUUCAGACUGAGAAAAUCACAUUUUCAGUGACAUUCGUUGAUGGCAACAACCCUUUCCAAGCUGUUCAAGAAGCCUGUGAACUUAUGAACCAGGGCAUCUUGGCCCUAGUCAGCUCCAUUGGUUGCACAUCAGCCGGAUCCCUCCAGUCUUUGGCAGAUGCCAUGCAUAUCCCACACCUCUUCAUUCAGCGCUCAACAGCCGGGACCCCAAGGAGUGGCUGUGGGCUCACCCGGAGCAACAGGAAUGAUGACUAUACUCUUUCAGUUCGCCCACCUGUCUACUUGAAUGAAGUCAUUCUGAGGGUAGUCACCGAGUAUGCAUGGCAGAAAUUCAUCAUCUUCUAUGACAGUGAAUAUGAUAUCCGUGGGAUACAGGAGUUUUUGGACAAAGUAUCUCAGCAGGGAAUGGAUGUUGCCCUUCAAAAGGUGGAAAACAACAUCAAUAAAAUGAUCACCACCCUCUUUGACACCAUGAGGAUAGAGGAGUUGAAUCGCUACCGAGACACUCUGAGGCGAGCCAUCCUUGUCAUGAAUCCUGCCACAGCCAAAUCCUUCAUAAGUGAGGUGGUGGAGACUAAUCUGGUUGCUUUUGACUGUCACUGGAUCAUUAUAAAUGAGGAAAUAAAUGAUGUGGAUGUCCAGGAACUUGUCAGAAGGUCCAUUGGAAGGUUAACAAUUAUUCGGCAGACAUUUCCAGUUCCCCAGAAUAUAAGUCAGCGCUGUUUCCGUGGCAACCAUCGAAUCUCUUCAACACUGUGUGAUCCCAAAGAUCCCUUCGCUCAGAAUAUGGAGAUUUCUAACCUUUACAUCUACGACACGGUGCUUCUGCUCGCAAAUGCUUUCCAUAAGAAGCUGGAGGACCGCAAGUGGCACAGCAUGGCGAGCUUGUCCUGUAUCAGAAAAAACUCAAAGCCCUGGCAGGGAGGGCGGUCCAUGCUGGAAACCAUCAAGAAGGGAGGAGUUAAUGGAUUGACUGGAGACCUAGAAUUUGGAGAAACUGGAGGUAACCCCAAUGUGCACUUUGAAAUCCUUGGAACCAACUACGGCGAAGAACUUGGCAGAGGUGUCCGUAAAGUAAGCCUGAACUUGCUCUAA